AAAAACUACAAACCCGCGCUGCGCGCUCCCGUGAAGUAAUUCAUUGUAUCAGUUGUAGACGGGAGCGGGUAACAUCGAUCCACUCCGGACACAGUGAGAAACCCUUCUGCUUACCUCGGAAACUGCAGGGAUGGCUGCCAUCCGUAAAAAGCUGGUGAUCGUUGGGGAUGGAGCUUGCGGGAAGACCUGCCUCCUGAUUGUCUUUAGCAAGGACCAGUUCCCUGAGGUGUACGUCCCCACCGUGUUCGAGAACUAUGUUGCUGAUAUAGAAGUGGACGGCAAACAGGUGGAGCUGGCUCUGUGGGAUACUGCGGGUCAGGAAGACUACGACAGGCUGAGACCUCUCUCCUAUCCAGACACUGAUGUCAUCCUCAUGUGCUUCUCCAUAGACAGCCCUGACAGCUUGGAAAACAUUCCUGAGAAAUGGACCCCAGAGGUCAAACACUUCUGUCCCAACGUUCCCAUCAUCCUGGUAGGAAACAAGAAAGACCUGCGUAAUGACGAGCACACACGCAGAGAGCUAGCCAAGAUGAAGCAGGAGCCAGUGAAGUCAGAGGAGGGCCGGGACAUGGCUGGACGCAUCGCAGCAUUCGGUUACAUGGAGUGCUCCGCCAAGACCAAGGACGGCGUGCGGGAGGUGUUUGAGAUGGCCACCAGGGCGGCACUGCAGGCCCGCCGCGGCAAGAAGAGCAAUAAAUGUGUACUGCUGUAGAGCGGCCACCACAUACGGACUGUUUUCACCCUGGGAUACUUUCCCUGGGGGUGGGGGGGGGCUUGGGAGGGACUAAGAAAACUAGACGGGAGAGGGAGGGAGGGGGGGAAGAAAAAAAGUGCAGUACAUGACUACCGCUGUAAAAUGGCUGUUUGUUGGACUGAAUUUACCCAGGGACCUGGAUUUGGGGAAGCUUUGAUGGAGCUGGAUGGACAGGUGGAGAAGUUGAGGAGGGGGCACAGCACAUGACCACCGCUACAAACCGUUGGACUUAUUACCUGUGGUUCUCCAUCAGGGGGGAGAGGUUACACCAGCCACCGGCCAAACGCUGGGACAUGUAGUCUUUUCAACAAACCACUUACACUGAUCAUUAUGAGAUCCUGGUCUGGUCUAAACAUCUAGCUGACAUAUAAACUUGAUUGUAGGUGACUUCUGGGAUUUUCCUGCGACUUGAGUGUGAACAACAAACAAAGGUUUAGUUUCUGGAUGAAUCGGCACAUGGAGAGAGACAGCACAGUAAAUGAGUACCACUGUAAACAGCCACCAGUGUGCUAUUCAUCCCCAGGUGAUCUCCCCUGGAUCUAGGGCUAAAUGUUGACAGUUAGGAUCUGAAGGAUGAUGUGCAGUGGUGUGCGUGUGACUACGAUGAGAUGAGAUUCAUCAAACCAGGGCAGUUUACAAAGUUUUGCACAUUCAGCUCGCUUGUUGUACGCUGUAGUUUCCUGGACAGGCCCGAAAAUAGACAAAUCGCCAGUCAUCGGAAUCAAGUGCUCCUUACGCAGGUGUGAGUUUGAUCAACUGUUAAUUUAACUUCCAACACAAAAAAGAAAAUCUGUCGUACGGUGAGACAUUUCCAAAAGUUUGAUCUGUGACUGUCGUUGCGUUUACGGAGUUAAACGGAUGGUCACGUGCCGUCACGUGCUCGGGCCAUUUGUUUGGUGUUAUCAGAGAAGAGUGGAGCUCCAUGCUCACGUGUCCAGCUCAGUCUGUCACUGUGGCUAAUCCCGUGCUUACAGACUCGCUGGGACAAACACAGUUACCUGAUCCUGAAUGUAAUGUUUGAAAUGAAAGAUUAGCUGUCAAAGCAUGUUUUCUACUUCUCUCGUGCGCUAUUAUCUGAUCUGUAAUCGUAGAGCGGCUCUCGCCACCAGCUGUGGUCCAGCUGCUGCUUUGAAGCCACCAUAGCACUGUUGUAAAGGUCACUGAAGAGCAGCAUGGUUGGUUUGUCUACUGUAGGGAGUCAUCAGCUGCAGCCUGAUGGUCCUUUAACAUGAACUGUGUUCUUUGUAUCGGUGGAAGAGGCUGGGAAUCGUAGUCUCUCUGAACCACAAAGGUAGCCUCCAACCAGUGCAGACUCUGCCCUGGCUCAGCUCCCAACCCUUCCUGUUCCAUGAAGCUGACUCCUGGUGCUCAUUUACCCCUGGCUUAGACCAGGACGAAGAACAAGGAGAGGAUUGUGUUUACAUGCCGACAACUAGAAGUCUCUGUAUUCAGAUAAACAAGUAGUCCUUCCACUGUGUCGGCAUGUCUAAAGGUCCUUUAUAGAAGAAGUAGUUCAAUUUUCAGGGUGAAACAUGUGCCUGAGAUAAACUUGAUUUCACCAAACACGUCUGCCUUUACUGAGGAACGGGUUGUGUCUGAUUGAGCAGUUCACUCAAGAAGACAAAUGUGUCAUAUGGGACGCAACCUUUAAUACAGAACUGUCAGGUUGGGCAGUUGAUGAGUUUAGGUCAAGUCAAGGCAGACGUCUGAGAGUGACCUACCUGCUGGAUGCUGGAGACGUUCUCUCUUUCAGGUCUUUCCGUUCUAAAACGUUGAGCGUGACCGGCUAUAUUUGGGAUUAUUCCUCCCUCCCUGACUCUGGUUCAGGCUCUCCUGACCGUGUCGUACCCUCCUGUUCUUCCUCCUGGCCUGCUUGGAGGAGCCUGUUCCAGAAACCCAGUCUUGUGAUGUUGUUUUUAAACUUUUAUUUCCUGCUUUAUAAGAAAAAAGAAGUCAUAAAUAUGUUGUCUAUCAGUAUUUAAAAUAGGAGGUGGACGAUAGGGGACUGCUCAUGUGUCGUUGCUUUAGUUUACUCUCAUGUGCUUUAACUGAAUUUUCUUGAUGAUUUACUCGUGGGUGUAAGGACCCGUCAAUCAUCACUGCCAAAUGCUGUUGUUAGGCAGUCAGGAGAAAGGCUGGCCUCUCGGCUGCCUGUCUAGAACAUCACUAGGACCACAUGUGCUGGCUCUUUUUCUGUUUGUUUGUUUUUGAACACAAACUUGGCUGAAGAGACAAAAAAAAGGAAAACAAUGUUAGUGUCCUUAUUAUGUACAAAUCAAUUUUAUUUCUACUUUUUAAUGUAUUUUUUAAAUCCUGAUUUGUGGAUGCUGAAGCAGUGACAUAAACAAAGGAACAGGAAAACCAAGCUGUAUGCAAAGUCUGUAAAUAUGAAAUGUGGGUUUGUUCAUACUAGACUAUACACACGCACAGGACUGGAAACUGUAUUUGUAAACUAGCUUUGGUUUGUGUAAUAAAUUACUUUCUAUAACACUCA